CGAGUACCUGGCGCCCGUGUCGGUCCCCGACCCUCCCGUCCUCCUCAGAGGGCCCCCGUAGCCCCACGCCGGUCUCCGGAUCCCGGGGCCCCUGCUCCGCGGUCCUCGGUCCCCAGCCACCCCACCGGACCCGUGACGGGACCCCCAACGCCGCCGGCCGCGCCCGCUGCGCUCCGGCCAGGAAUCUCCGACUUCCGCCGUGGGGCCGGGCUGGUGUUCACGUCGUCAUGCCCUCGCUCGGGGACCUGGUGCGCGACUGGCACCGGGGCGCGCAGGCCGUUGCGCGUGGGGACUGGGACUACGCCCUGCGCCUCUUCUCGAGCGUCCCGGAGCCGCCCGCCAGGAUGAGCUUCAACGUGGGCUGCGUGCACCUGCUAGCCGGGGACCCGGAAGCCGCGCUGCGGGCAUUUGACCAGGCAGUGACCAAGGAUGCCUGCAUGGCUGUCGGCUUCUUCCAGCGAGGAGUGGCCAACUUCCAGCUGCGGAGGUUCCGGGAGGCCCUGUCCGACUUCCAGCGGACCCUGGCACAGCUGAGGGGCAACGCCACCAUCGACUACACCCAGCUGGGCCUGCGGUUCAAGCUGCAGGCCUGGGAGGUGGGCGUGCGGGGAGCGGGACGCGGCUGGGCGCUGGGGGUGCUGUCUGUGGGCAGGCGGCCCAGAGGGGCCCCCAAAUCCCACCGGGGGGUGCAGGGGAGGGGCCAAGCCGUCCCUUCUGCUUUGAGGUUCCUGCAGCCUCAGGCCUGGCCCAGUGCUCAGGUCUGCAUUGUCCGGACCCCCCUCCAGAAACAGGCCCCCCUGCAGCCUCGGCAGGUCCCCAGGGGUGAGGUCUUCCGGCCGCACAGGCGGCACCUGGAGCACCUGGAGCCCGUGGAUUUCUUGGGCAAGGCCAAGGUGGUGGCCUCCGCCAUCCCUGACGGCCCGCACGAGGACGCCCGGCCUCAGCAGCCACAGGUGGGUGGGCAGCCUUCCGGCCACCUGACUUCUCUGACGUUUUGCAGGCUCUCUACGCACGUGGUGAAGCCAGGCCUGGGGCUGCCGAACGGUAGGAAGGGGCCGUGGCCCCCCACUCUUCUUCCCCUGUCGGCAGAGCCCCUUUGCAGGCCCAGUGUGGCCACUCCAGGCCAGGGACCAGGUGGCUGUGUCCCCUUUCUGGACCGGCUGGAGCCCUGGUGCAGGGCGAGGGGUCCCGCCUUGCUCAGCCCUCCCUGUGCCCCCGUUUGUCCUGAGCCUGUUCUGCUCCUGGGGAAAGAGCCUGCCUGCCCCUCACUGAAGCUCUGCUCAGGCCUGGGGGUGGGCACCAGAGGCACCAGGGUGGGGUGCAGACUGGGCUGCAGGCCGACGGGAGCAGCCCUGCCGGCCCCACCAGAUGCAGCCUCACAGGUUGUGGUCCGACUGGGGUGCUGUUUGUUUCCAGCUCAGGGCUCUCCUAGGCCCACCUUUCAUGGAGGACCUCGACCUCUGUGCUGGCUGGGUGAGGCCUGGCCCGUGACACAGGCCCCUCCAGACCUGGUACCCGCUGUGGCCCCAGGACGCCCCUCGAUGUGGAGACGGAGGUCAGCUCUGGCCAGGCUGGGCGGGCUGACCAUGGCACACUGGUCACCAGUGAUGAGCAGUGUCUGGGCACCGCCCCCGACGAGCUCCAGGCCCAGGGAAAGCUACCUCCGCCCUCAGGGCCCCACCCCGGCCUCAACCCCACCCCGGCCCGGCAGAGCCCCAGCCUGCGGCUUCCCUUGCAGAAGCCUCACGUGGAGCAAGUUGGCCAGUGGGUCCCUCCAGGGUGUGGCUGCAGGGGGCCCCGAGUCCUUGGUGACCUUCACAGUGCAGUGCACCUUCACCCUGGCCCUGAGGGCCCCAAGAGGAGCUGACCUGUCCAGCCUGCGGGCCCUGAUGAGCCAGGCCCUCCCUCCCCAGGCCCAGAGUGGGCAGCUCAGUUACCGAGACCCUAGUGACAGCAGGGGCUGGGUGCCCCUCACCGGGGAGGAGGCACUGCAGAGGGCCUGGCGGGGCGCGGCUGCCGGCUCUGGGGAGCUGCAGCUACGGUGCCAGGGAGUGGGCGGCCGGCCUGUCCUCUACCAGGUGGUGGCCCGGCACGGCUACUCCGCCCAGGGGCCCGAGGACCUGGCCCUGCAGCCCGGAGACACGGUGGACGUCUUGUGCGAAGUGGACCAGGCGUGGCUGGAGGGCCACUGUGACGGCCGCGUCGGGAUUUUCCCCAAGUGCUUCGUGGUCCCGGCCGGCCGGCGCACAUGAGGAGCUUGGCGCUAAGGAGUCCGUGGCAAGGAGGGUUUAAUAAAGGCGACCUGCCCCCCAA